UCUCAAAUUUUUUACUAUAAUUUAAGUUGUUUUUAUUUUCUCAUUAUACUAGGUCAUUUUAAGCCAGGUCUGGAGUUCCAUUCUCAACUAGCGUUGCUUUCGCACCUGAUAACCCUUGAAAGAAGCAUUCAGCUUGUCGAGGUCAAAGAUCACCUCGAUAAGAGAAGAGAAGGGGGCAUGGGUUAAUGGUAGCAGCAUCAGCGAGAGCGACAGUGAAGUUGGAAUGCGAAACAGAAUGGAUCGGCUUACAGUAGAAAAGUCGACUUCGUCUCCACCGACCCCAGCAGCCAGUUCUGCAGGAGCGUCAUCACCUGCUAUACCAGUGAAUUUUGGUGGCAUAGAGUGCUCUGGUGUGGGUCAGGGUGCAAAGGCAAGUAAUUUAUCAGGGGCUGGAUCUCGACUACCUUGGACUUCUUUAAGCAUGGGUGGAGGAGGAUCAACAACUGCAUUAUCUGAGCCUUCAUGUAGACCUUGGGAGAGAGCAGAUUUACUGAAAAGGCUUGCUACUUACAAACCUGCAAAUUGGUCUGGAAAGCCCAAGGUUGCCAGCUCAUUGGCAUGUGCAAGGAAGGGUUGGGUCAAUGUGGAUGUUGAUACAAUUGCAUGUGAAGCAUGUGGUGUGCAUCUCAAUUUUGCAAUGUCCUCAUCUUGGACAGAUGAUAAAGCUCAGGGUCCAGGCAAAAUCCCCAGCAUCUUGGACAUCCCAGGGACUUGGGGACUUGCUCAAAGCACUGGUGAAGCUUUUGCAGAGCAACUACAGAGUGGCCAUAGAGGUACGUGUCCAUGGAAAGAAAAUAGUUGUUCGGAAAGCCUGGCACAGUUCCCUCCCACCCCUCCAUCUGCACUAAUUGGAGGUUACAAUGAUCGGUGUGACGCACUUCUACAAUUUUCAUCCCUUCCAGUGGUGUCUGGUUCUGCUAUUGACUGGAUGAAGCAUUGCAGGGGUCCACAAGUAGAUCGUCUUCUUACCAAUCAUCAACCAGUUACUAUCAGUGAGUUCAGUGGUAGAGCUGACAAUAUGCCUGGAGCUGAAUUAUCUAGGGAAGAGGUUGCAAGCAUUUACUAUCAGGCACAGAGGCUGAUAAGUUUGUGUGGCUGGGAACCCCGCCUGGUUCCAAAUGUCAUAGAUUAUGAAGAGCAUUCUGCUCAGUCAGCAGGAAAUGCAAUUUCUUGUGGUCCUGGUCAGGAUCAAUUUCAUCCAGCCUGUGAUGCGGGCCCUAGUAUGUUGUUGUAUUCACGGUCAGCACAACUAGAAAAGAAAGAUAAUUCAAAGAAAAAGAUUUCUAUUUCAGAGUCUAGAUGCAGUCCUGCAUCAGCAGUCCUCGAUUGCAGCCUUUGUGGAGCCACUGUUAGGAUGUGCAGUUUUGUUACAGUUUCUCGUCCAUAUCGUUUUCUCUCUAGUUUGAAUGACCUUCCAGAGACUAGCAAAAAGUUUGUGUUUACACGCGGAGUAAGUGCAGCAAGUGGAAUUGAUGGAUUAUGUGAUGUUGACACAAUGGAAAGGGAAAAUUUUGAAGGCCGCGAUGAGGCAGAAGAGGCUGCAACUACUGGCGAGGGAAAGUCCCACUCAAAUGUGGGCAUGGACUUGAAUUUGACUAUAGCUGGAGGACCUGCUCCCACAGACUUUGACCCUUCUACAAUGGCUUUGCCCCAGGAAGAUCCUAUGCAUGACAGGGAUCCAAUGCUGCGGCAGCCUGCUGGCAGUGAAGUUGGUGAUCAUGCCGCAUCAUAUGAAUCAUGGGGUCCUCGGACCCGUAAACGUAGUAUGGACGAAGGUGGAAGUACAGUAGACAGGCCGGUGGGUAGGCUUCACCAUGCUGAUAGUGCAGAAGGUACUGUAGUAGACCGUGAUGCUGAUGAAGUGAAUGAUGGAAGUCAAUAUUCUCAUGGACCAUCUAAGCGCACACGGACAACAGAGAGCAUGGCCGCAGAUCGAGUAUCACAUUUCAAAGAUGUUUCAUACCCAGGUCCCAGCCAUUCAGCAGCAUUUGAGAGAGACAUUGAAGUUGAUGGUUUGAGCCAUUCAAAAAGAAAUAUCAUGGAAGCAUCCUUGCUGGAGGGAAAUCACCAGAGAUAUGGUAGCCAGUCUAGGAAAGAUUCAGCUCGUGAGUCCUCUGUAAUUGCAAUGGAUACAUGCUACCAUAGCUUGCAGGAGAAUUCUAUGGAAAGUGUUGAGAAUUUUCCAGCAGAUGAUGAUGAUGUCCAUGGACCACCGGCUAGCAUGGAUAAGAAUGCUGAUGUAAAUGAGAUUUCAGAAUUGAAUUUCAGCAUACAAGCCCAACAGAGCACAUGCCUACAGCCAGAUGCUGGACGUGAAGGAGAAACAGGCUUGAGCACUAGUGAUGAAGGAGAUGGAACAUUAAAUGGUGAAAAUGCUACUUUCGAACCCCAAGGUGGGUUCAGCUUGGGGAUAAGUGGAGGAAGUGUUGGAAUGGGUGCCAGUCAUGAAGCUGAAAUUCAUGGGGCAGAUGUGUCUGUCCAUCGAACUGAGAGCAUUGUAGGUGAAGCUGAUCAAGUGGCAGAAGUAACAGAAAAUCAGGGACAAACAGGUGAAUUUGUUCCUGAUCGUAGAUUAAUGGGUGAGUUUGUGCCUGAAGCAGAAAGGGAAGAUAUUCACGGUGAUAGUCAUGAUAUGAUGAUGUCUCAUUCAGUGGGUAGGGCUUAUACUGGGUCUAAAAUUGGGGAAUCAAAUGAAGGAGAAUCAUUGGAAAGUGGCCAGAAAAGCAGUCAUAGAGAAGGCCACGAAGAGCAAGAUAACCAAACACUUACAAACAAUGCAUUAAUAUUAAGUUUUGAUCAUGGCGGUUCUAAAGAAGAGGUGACAAAUGCUGGGAAAGGCUCUUCUGCUGUAGAUAAUGUUAUUCCAGGAUCUUCUUGUGAUAAUAUCAACAGAACAGAAAAGCAGCUGAACAGGGGCAUGCUUUCUAAACAUGCAGCUGGAGAGUUUGAUCCCAUUAAACAGCAUCACCAUUUUUGUCCAUGGGUGAAUGGCAAUGUUGCAGCUGCUGGUUGUAGUAGUGGUGGUGCCAUGGCUCUCUGUGGAUGGCAACUUACUAUAGAUGCUUUGGAUGCAUAUCAUACACAAGGUCAUAUCCCGGCAGCAACCAUGGAAUCUGAGUCGGCAGCAUCUUUGUACAAGGUUUUACUUAUAACAGUUGUAGCAUUGAAUGCAAAUCUCAGGAUGACCAAAUUACUUCAGUACACAAACUGUUGGGUAGACACUCGAUGACAAAAAACUGUGGCCAUAGUUGAAGGUUCACCAUGAUGAGUGUUUUGAUUUUUUGAUUUUAAUUUAUUUUGUUCUAUUAAUUAUGACAAAUUCAUCUCUUACAGUUUUAACUGGUAAGUUACCUUUAGUAUCAAUGUGACAUUAAUCUGAUUGGUUGAGUUACUGAGUUCUUAAACCUCCCUUUGCAUUCAUGGCAACAUAAGCACAGUUUAUGCUGAAUCCUUGCCACCUGAAUUGUGCCCAAAUUCUGUAAUUAAGUGCUCUGCAUUUUCUUAAUGCCAAAUUUUGAAGGGAAGAUAACAAUUUGUAUUUAUGGAUAUUUAGAAAUGACUGCAAGUCCCGUAACAGAUUGUUAUUACAAAGUUGGCAUUUCUGUGCUUUUUACGGAGUGUUUAUGCUUA